GCCAUGUAUUUGGAUGAUACAGAUUUGUAAUUGGCUAAAAAUAUUUUGUAGUAUUUUUGAUAAUUCUGUGAUUGUGACCAAACUUUGGUAAUCUUGUGAAUUUCAAGCUGAAUAAAAUACUAAUUUGGAGUCAUAGUGCAUUAUCAUAUUGCCAUCAUGUUCAAAAAGUUCGAUGAGAAGGAGAGCAUCUCAGGAGUCCAACAGCUCAAGUCCUCAGUGCAGAAGGGGAUCCGCUCGCGGCUUUUGGAGCUGUACCCUCACUUGGAGAACCACAUCGACCAAGUUCUGCCCAAGAAGGAUACUUUUCGGAUUGUCAAAUGUCACGAUCACAUCGAAAUCAUGGUGAACAGUGCUGGCGAGCUCUUGUUCUUCCGACACCGGGAGGGACCCUGGAUGCCCACUUUGAGGCUGUUACAUAAAUACCCCUUCUUCCUGCCAAUGGAACAAGUCGACAAAGGGGCGAUCCGCUUUGUCCUCAGUGGGGCAAACAUAAUGUGCCCCGGUCUGACGUCUCCCGGGGCAAGGAUGUCACAAGUGGACAAGGGCAGCGUAGUCGCCGUGAUGGCUGAAGGGAAACAGCACGCGCUUGCUGUGGGCAUCACGUCUCUUUCUACCAAUGACAUUGCCAAAGUGAACAAAGGCGUAGGAAUUGAGAACUGCCACUAUCUGAACGAUGGACUGUGGCAGAUGAAGCCAGUGAAGUGAAGAGCAGGAGUCUAGAGAUACGCUUAUUUUCUAAAAUUAUUAUAAGUUUCUUUUUUAAUGUAACGAUGUAACUGAUAAAUUAAAAGGUUUUUUUCUAA